UAAAGUGAAGCAAGGGCUCCUUCCUAGCUUAGAAGAUCUGCUUUUCUAUACUAUUGCAGAAGGACAAGAAAAAAUACCAGUUCAUAAAUUCAUAACUGCACUCAAAUCUACAGGAUUGCGUACAUCUGAUCCCCGAUUGAAAGAGUGCAUGGAUAUGUUAAGAUUGACCCUUCAAACGACUUCAGAUGGUGUUAUGCUGGACAAAGACCUUUUUAAAAAGUGUGUACAAAGUAAUAUUGUGUUGCUUACUCAAGCUUUCAGGAGGAAGUUUGUCAUUCCAGAUUUUAUGUCGUUUACUUCACAUAUUGAUGAGCUCUAUGAAAGUGCUAAAAAGCAAUCUGGAGGAAAGGUUGCUGACUAUAUUCCACAACUGGCCAAGUUCAGCCCUGAUUUGUGGGGUGUGUCACUUUGCACAGUGGAUGGACAGAGGCAUUCUGUUGGCGAUACCAAAGUUCCAUUCUGUCUCCAGUCCUGUGUAAAGCCUUUGAAAUAUGCUAUUGCUGUUAAUGAUCUUGGCACAGAGUAUGUGCACAGAUAUGUUGGUAAAGAGCCUAGUGGAUUAAGAUUCAACAAAUUGUUCCUGAAUGAAGAUGACAGGCCUCAUAACCCUAUGGUGAAUGCUGGAGCAAUUGUGAUCACAUCUUUAAUCAAGCAAGGAGCAAAUAAUGCAGAAAAAUUUGACUACGUGAUGCAAUUCAUGAAUAAAAUGGCUGGUAAUGAGUAUGUUGGAUUCAGUAAUGCUACGUUCCAGUCUGAAAGAGAGAGUGGAGACAGAAAUUUUGCUAUCGGCUAUUACUUGAAAGAAAAAAAGUGCUUUCCUGAAGGCACGGAUAUGGUUGCUAUAUUAGACUUCUAUUUUCAGCUUUGCUCAAUAGAGGUAACAUGUGAAUCGGCAAGUGUGAUGGCAGCAACUCUGGCUAAUGGUGGCUUUUGCCCAAUCACUGGUGAAAGAGUACUGAGUCCCGAAGCAGUCCGGAAUACCUUGAGUUUAAUGCAUUCCUGUGGCAUGUAUGACUUCUCAGGGCAGUUUGCCUUCCAUGUUGGUCUUCCUGCAAAAUCUGGAGUUGCUGGUGGGAUUCUUCUGGUUGUUCCUAACGUCAUGGGCUUGAUGUGCUGGUCACCUCCUCUGGACAAGAUGGGCAACAGUGUUAAAGGAAUUCACUUUUGCCAUGAUCUGGUUUCUUUGUGCAAUUUCCAUAACUACGAUAACUUGAGACACUUUGCAAAAAAGCUUGAUCCUCGCAGAGAAGGUGGUGAUCAGCGGGUGAAGUCUGUGAUAAACCUGCUGUUUGCUGCCUACACAGGGGAUGUGUCUGCACUCCGGAGAUUUGCUCUGUCAGGAAUGGAUAUGGAACAAAGAGAUUAUGACUCACGAACAGCCCUGCAUGUAGCAGCUGCAGAAGGACACGUGGACGUUGUUAAAUUCCUACUGGAAGCAUGCAAAGUGAAUCCUUUCCCCAAAGACAGGUGGAAUAACACUCCUAUGGAUGAAGCUUUACAUUUCGGACACCACGAUGUGUUUAAAAUUCUUCAAGAAUAUCAGGUCCAAUACACGCCAUCAGAGGAUUCCAACAACGGGAAAGAGAACCGAACGGUUCAUAAAAAUCUAGAUGGCUUACUAUAAUCACCUUCAGCUAGAUCCUAAGAAUCAAAUCACCUAUUUAAUUGUGGUAUACAUAAGUAAUGAAGAGCGUGUGUGUUUCUAUCUGAUAGUGGUAUAUAUUUUACAGAAGUCUCUGUUACUUCAGUGUUACGUUACAGGAGUUUCUAUACGCACAGGACAAAUCCAAUCUCUCUCU